CUAUUUUCUUUAGAGAAAUUAUAUUUUAAAGCAUAAAAUUAUUUGUGUAUGGCUGCCAGAGGAGGUGAUACACCUUAUUUUGGCACUCCUCAAAUUAGUGAGUCAAAACUUGCUGAAAAAGCUCGAAAAUGGCAGCAACUUCAGUCUCAACGAUAUGCAGAAAAACGAAAAUUUGGUUUUGUAGAAGCUCAAAAAGAGGAUAUGCCACCUGAACAUGUCCGUAAAAUUAUCAGAGAUCAUGGUGACAUGACUAGCAGAAAGUUUCGUCAUGAUAAACGAGUUUAUUUAGGUGCUCUGAAAUACAUGCCUCAUGCUGUAUUAAAAAUGUUAGAAAAUAUGCCAAUGCCUUGGGAGCAAAUUCGAGAUGUUAAAGUUUUAUAUCAUAUAACAGGUGCUAUCACUUUCAUUGAUGAAAUUCCAUGGGUUGUUGAGCCAAUUUACAUUGCACAAUGGGGAACUAUGUGGAUUAUGAUGCGAAGAGAGAAACGUGAUCGUCACCAUUUUAAAAGAAUGAGAUUUCCUCCUUUUGAUGACGAAGAACCUCCACUUGAUUAUGCUGACAACAUUCUUGAUGUUGAGCCUUUAGAAGCUGUUCAAAUUGAUCUUGAUCCAGAAGAAGAUAAAGAAGUACAUUCAUGGUUUUAUGAGCAUAAACCGCUUGCAACAGAUUCAAAAUACAUGAACGGAACAACAUAUCGAAGAUGGAAUCUCUCUAUUCCUAUUAUGUCAACAUUGUAUAGAUUAGGGAAUCAACUGCUGACAGAUUUAGUUGAUGACAAUUAUUUUUAUUUGUUUGACCUUAAAUCAUUUUUUACUGCAAAGGCAUUAAAUCUUGCAAUACCUGGAGGACCUAAAUUUGAACCAUUAGUUCGAGAUGCAACAACAUAUGAUGAAGACUGGAAUGAAUUUAAUGAUAUUAAUAAAAUCAUUAUACGUCAACCGAUUCGAACUGAGUAUAGAAUAGCUUUUCCUUAUUUGUACAAUAACUUUACAAAAUAUGUUCAUUUAUCAUGGUAUCAUACACCUUCUGUUGUUUUUAUUAAAACAGAAGAUCCUGAUUUACCUGCAUUUUAUUUUGAUCCAUUGAUUAAUCCAAUUGCACAUCGUCAUUCUGUUAAGGUAACAGAACCUGUUAUUGAAGAAGAUGAAGAAUUUGAACUACCUGAGGAAUAUCAGCCAUUCUUACAAGAUUCUCCAUUGUAUACUGAUAACACAGCAAAUGGUAUUGGGUUACUUUGGGCCCCUCGGCCUUUUAACAUUCGUUCUGGCACAACUAGGCGAGCAAUAGAUAUUCCUCUUGUAAAAACAUGGUACAUGGAACAUUGUCCUUCUUCUCAUCCUGUAAAAGUCCGAGUAUCUUACCAGAAACUGCUUAAGUAUUUUGUUCUUAAUGCACUUCAUCAUCGUCCACCUAAAGCUAUGAAAAAACGCUUUUUAUUUCGAUCAUUUAAAUCAACCAAGUUUUUUCAGACCACUAAGCUAGAUUGGGUAGAAGCAAGUUUACAAGUUUGUCGUCAAGGUUACAAUAUGUUAAAUUUACUAAUUCACAGAAAAAAUUUAAACUACUUACAUUUGGAUUACAAUUUUAAUUUGAAACCUGUUAAAACUCUUACAACAAAAGAGCGUAAAAAGUCUAGAUUUGGUAAUGCAUUCCAUUUAUGUAGAGAAAUACUGCGACUGUCAAAGCUUGUUGUGGAUUCACAUGUACAAUAUCGACUUGGGAAUGUUGAUGCUUUUCAGCUUGCCGAUGGUAUACAGUAUAUAUUUGCCCAUGUUGGUCAAUUAACUGGAAUGUAUCGGUACAAAUAUAAACUCAUGAAACAGAUAAGAAUGUGUAAAGACCUUAAACAUCUUAUAUACUAUCGUUUCAACACAGGUGCAGUAGGCAAAGGGCCUGGGUGUGGUAUUUGGGCACCUGGAUGGAGAGUCUGGCUUUUCUUUUUAAGAGGAGUUGUUCCUUUGUUAGAAAGGUGGCUUGGCAAUUUAUUAGCACGUCAAUUUGAAGGUCGCCAUUCAAAAGGUGUUGCAAAAACUGUUACUAAACAAAGGGUUGAAAGUCAUUAUGACUUAGAGUUAAGAGCAGCUGUUAUGCAUGACAUACUUGAUAUGAUGCCUGAAGGCAUCAAACAAAAUAAAGCUCGAACAAUACUCCAGCAUUUAAGUGAGGCUUGGAGAUGUUGGAAAGCAAAUAUUCCAUGGAAGGUACCUGGGCUACCUAUCCCAGUUGAAAAUAUGAUUUUACGCUAUGUGAAAGCAAAAGCUGAUUGGUGGACUAAUGUUGCUCAUUAUAACAGAGAGCGUAUUCGUCGUGGUGCAACUGUUGAUAAAACUGUUUGUAAAAAAAAUCUUGGUAGAUUAACUAGACUUUACUUAAAAGCUGAACAGGAAAGACAACACAAUUAUUUAAAAGAUGGACCUUAUAUUUCUGCUGAAGAAGCAGUUGCUAUCUAUACAACAACUGUACAUUGGUUAGAAAGUAGAAGGUUUUCACCUGUUCCUUUUCCACCAUUAUCAUACAAGCAUGACACAAAAUUGCUAAUAUUAGCAUUAGAAAGAUUAAAAGAAGCUUAUAGCGUUAAAAGUCGUCUUAAUCAAUCACAAAGAGAAGAGCUGGGUCUUAUAGAGCAAGCUUAUGAUAAUCCUCAUGAAGCUCUUUCAAGAAUAAAGCGUCAUUUGCUAACUCAGCGAGCCUUCAAAGAAGUUGGCAUAGAGUUUAUGGAUUUAUAUAGUCAUUUAGUACCUGUUUAUGAUGUAGAGCCACUAGAAAAAAUAACAGAUGCAUAUCUAGAUCAAUAUUUAUGGUAUGAAGCAGAUAAAAGGCGCUUGUUUCCUCCUUGGAUUAAACCUGCGGAUACAGAGCCUCCUCCACUACUUGUUUACAAAUGGUGCCAAGGUAUCAAUAAUUUACAAGAUGUUUGGGAAACUGGAGAGGGAGAAUGUAAUGUUAUGAUGGAAUCAAAGUUCGACAAAAUAUAUGAAAAAAUAGAUUUAACAUUACUUAACAGAUUGCUCAGGUUGAUUGUUGAUCAUAAUAUUGCAGAUUACAUGACUGCCAAGAAUAAUAUUGUUAUUAAUUACAAGGAUAUGAAUCAUACAAACUCAUAUGGAAUCAUCAGAGGUCUACAAUUUGCUUCAUUCAUUGUGCAGUAUUAUGGGCUUGUAAUGGACCUUCUUGUGUUAGGUCUUCGUAGAGCUAGUGAAAUGGCAGGCCCACCACAAAUGCCAAAUGAUUUUUUAACUUUUCAAAGUACAGAUAUUGAAUCAGCUCAUCCUAUUCGAUUGUAUUCGAGAUAUGUCGAUAGGAUUCAUAUAUUUUUUAGAUUUUCGGCAGAAGAUGCUAGAGAUCUUAUUCAACGAUACCUAACUGAACACCCUGAUCCAAAUAAUGAAAAUAUUGUUGGAUACAAUAAUAAAAAGUGUUGGCCUCGUGAUGCUAGGAUGCGUCUCAUGAAACAUGAUGUGAAUCUGGGUAGAGCUGUAUUCUGGGACAUCAAAAAUCGACUUCCACGAUCUGUUUCAACAUUAAAAUGGGAGGAAAGUUUUGUUUCGGUAUAUAGUAAAGAUAACCCAAACUUACUAUUUAAUAUGUGUGGUUUUGAGUGCCGAUUACUUCCAAAGGUUCGAAUGACUAGUGAAGAGUUUACUCAUCGUGAUGGAGUUUGGAACUUACAAAAUGAAGUUACAAAAGAACGAACAGCACAAUGUUUCCUUCGUGUUGACGAUGAUUAUAUGAACAAAUUUCAUAAUCGUGUAAGGCAGAUCUUGAUGGCAUCUGGUUCUACAACUUUUACUAAAAUUGUAAAUAAAUGGAAUACUGCAUUAAUUGGUUUAAUGACAUAUUUUAGAGAAUCUGUAGUUAAUACACAAGAGUUAUUGGAUUUGUUGGUGAAAUGCGAAAACAAGAUUCAAACUCGUAUUAAAAUUGGGCUUAAUUCUAAAAUGCCUAGUCGUUUUCCUCCUGUUGUAUUUUAUACUCCUAAAGAACUUGGUGGUCUUGGUAUGUUAUCAAUGGGUCAUGUACUUAUUCCUCAAUCUGAUCUUCGAUGGUCUAAGCAAACAGAUGUUGGGAUUACUCAUUUCAGAUCUGGAAUGAGUCACGAUGAAGACCAAGUUAUUCCAAAUUUGUAUCGCUAUGUGCAACCUUGGGAGAGUGAGUUUAUUGAUUCACAGCGUGUCUGGGCAGAAUAUGCACUAAAAAGACAAGAAGCCAAUGCACAAAACCGAAGAUUGACUCUAGAAGAUUUAGAAGAUUCUUGGGAUAGAGGAAUACCUCGUAUCAAUACUCUUUUUCAAAAAGAUCGACAUACUCUUGCUUAUGAUAAAGGCUGGAGAGUGAGAACUGACUUUAAACAAUACCAGGUAUUAAAGCAAAACCCUUUCUGGUGGACACAUCAACGCCAUGAUGGAAAAUUAUGGAAUCUAAAUAAUUAUCGAACAGAUAUGAUACAAGCCCUGGGUGGUGUUGAAGGAAUUUUAGAACAUACUCUAUUUAAAGGAACCUAUUUUCCAACCUGGGAGGGUUUAUUUUGGGAAAAAGCUAGUGGUUUUGAGGAGUCUAUGAAAUAUAAAAAGUUAACCAACGCACAGAGAUCUGGUUUAAAUCAAAUCCCAAAUCGUCGUUUUACAUUAUGGUGGUCACCUACUAUCAAUAGAGCAAACGUCUAUGUUGGUUUUCAAGUACAGCUUGACUUGACUGGUAUUUUUAUGCAUGGUAAAAUACCUACUUUAAAAAUUUCUCUUAUUCAAAUAUUUCGAGCUCAUUUAUGGCAAAAAGUUCAUGAAAGUAUUGUUAUGGAUCUUUGUCAGGUAUUUGAUCAAGAAUUGGAUGCACUUGAAAUUGAAACAGUUCAAAAAGAAACUAUUCACCCACGUAAAUCAUAUAAAAUGAAUAGUUCUUGUGCAGAUAUUCUGUUAUUUGCUGCUUAUAAAUGGAAUGUUUCAAAACCUUCUUUACUUGCUGAUUCAAAAGACACUAUGGAUAACACGACAACUCAAAAAUACUGGAUCGAUGUUCAGCUACGUUGGGGAGACUAUGAUUCGCACGAUGUUGAAAGAUAUACUCGUGCAAAGUUCCUUGAUUACACUACUGAUAAUAUGAGUAUAUAUCCAUCACCUACUGGUGUGCUGAUAGGUGUUGAUCUUGCUUAUAAUCUCCAUAGUGCAUUUGGUAACUGGGUUCCAGGAAUGAAGCCAUUGAUUCAGCAAGCUAUGGCAAAAAUAAUGAAAGCCAAUCCUGCUUUGUAUGUACUUCGUGAGCGUGUCCGGAAAGCUCUUCAGCUAUACUCAAGUGAGCCAACAGAGCCAUACUUGUCUUCUCAAAAUUAUGGUGAACUUUUUUCAAAUCAAAUUAUAUGGUUUGUUGAUGAUACUAAUGUAUAUCGGGUCACCAUUCACAAAACAUUUGAAGGUAACUUAACAACAAAACCGAUUAAUGGUGCAAUAUUCAUUUUUAAUCCAAGAACAGGACAACUUUUUCUAAAAAUUAUUCAUACUUCAGUAUGGGCAGGGCAGAAACGUCUUGGUCAGUUAGCCAAAUGGAAAACUGCUGAGGAGGUUGCAGCUUUAAUUCGAUCAUUGCCAGUUGAAGAACAGCCCAAGCAAAUUAUUGUUACAAGAAAAGGAAUGUUGGAUCCUUUAGAGGUACAUCUGUUGGAUUUUCCAAAUAUUGUCAUUAAAGGCAGUGAACUUCAAUUACCAUUCCAAGCUUGUCUUAAAGUAGAGAAACUUGGUGAUCUCAUCUUAAAAGCAACUGAACCGCAAAUGGUUUUAUUUAAUUUGUAUGAUGAUUGGCUAAAGACGAUAUCUUCAUAUACUGCGUUUUCCAGGUUAAUAUUGAUUCUUCGAGCUUUGCAUGUAAAUACUGAUCGUACAAAAGUUAUUCUUAAACCAGAUAAAACAACUAUCACUGAACCACAUCAUAUAUGGCCUACUGUAACAGAUGAUGAGUGGGUUAGAAUUGAGGUACAACUUAAAGACUUAAUUUUAGCUGACUAUGGCAAAAAGAACAACGUCAAUGUUGCUUCAUUAACACAGUCAGAAAUUCGUGAUAUCAUUUUGGGUAUGGAAAUAUCUGCACCAUCUCAACAAAGACAACAAAUUGCUGAAAUUGAAAAGCAAACAAAAGAUCAGUCCCAACUUACUGCAACAACAACGAAAACAACAAAUAUACAUGGUGAUGAAAUAAUUGUUUCGACAACUAGCAAUUAUGAAAGAUCGACAUUCUCUUCCAAAACAGAAUGGAGAGUUCGUGCUAUUUCAGCUACUAAUUUACAUUUGAGAACCAAUCAUAUCUAUGUUUCAUCUGAUGAUAUAAAGGAAACUGGCUUUACUUAUAUUUUACCGAAGAAUGUUCUCAAAAAAUUUAUUGUCAUAUCAGAUCUUCGUACUCAAAUUGCUGGUUACAUGUAUGGAGUCAGUCCUACUGAUAACCCUCAAGUAAAAGAGAUUCGCUGUAUUGUGCUUGUACCACAGUGGGGUACUCAUCAAACUGUUCACUUGCCUCAAUCUUUACCUCAACAUGACUUUUUAAAGGAAAUGGAACCUCUUGGAUGGAUACACACUCAGCCCAAUGAGUUGCCUCAGUUAUCACCUCAAGAUGUUACCACCCACGCUAAAAUUAUGGCUGAUAAUCCAAGUUGGGAUGGCGAGAAAACAAUUAUUAUUACAUGCAGCUUUACGCCUGGAUCGUGUUCUUUGACUGCCUAUAAAUUGACGCCGUCUGGAUUUGAAUGGGGCCGUAAUAACAAAGAUACAGGUAACAAUCCUAGAGGUUAUUUGCCUUCACAUUAUGAAAAGGUACAGAUGUUGUUAUCAGAUCGAUUUUUGGGCUUUUUUAUGGUGCCAUCACAGGGACCUUGGAACUACAAUUUUAUGGGCGUCAGACAUUCUGGAAAUAUGCGUUACGAGCUUCAACUUUCAAAUCCAAAAGAGUUCUAUCAUGAAGUACAUCGUCCCUCACAUUUCCUUAACUUCAGUAACAUUGAUGAAACCGAACAAUCAGCAGACCGAGAAGACGCUUUUGCUUAACUAGUUUGUUUUUUGAAUGUAGAAAUAGUAAUGCUUAUCAACAGAAAUUUUUUUUCUUAAGAUUAGAAAAGUUGUUCUGAAAAAAAUUCAUUGAUAGUCUUCAAUUAGUCACGAUGCCUUUUUUUUUUAAAGGCGUGGUUCCAAUGAACUCGAUAUUUGACAAAGAAUGCACAGUAAUUACUGACAUGUUUUGGAAUUGUUAUUAUUGAAAUAAAAAUAAUAUUGGAAAUAUAAAAAACUAUUGA